ACAAGAUGGCGACCGCGACGGUGGAGCUCCAUAAGCUGAAGCUUGCUGAACUAAAGCAAGAAUGUCUUGCUCGUGGUUUGGAGACCAAGGGAAUAAAGCAAGAUCUUAUCCACAGACUCCAGGCAUAUCUUGAAGAACAUGCUGAAGAGGAAGCAAAUGAAGAAGAUGUACUGGGAGAUGAAACAGAGGAAGAAACAAAGCCUAUAGAGCUCCCUGUCAAAGAGGAAGAACUCCCUGAAAAAACUGUUGAUGUGGCAGCAGAAAAGAAAGUGGUGAAAAUAACAUCUGAAAUACUACAGACUGAGAGAAUGCAGAAGAGGGCUGAACGAUUCAAUGUACCUGUGAGAUUGGAGAGUAAGAAAGCUGCUCGGGCAGCUAGGUUUGGGAUUUCUUUAGUUCCAACAAAAGGUCUGUCGUCUGACAACAAACCUACGGUUAACUUGGAUAAGCUGAAGGAAAGAGCUCAAAGAUUUGGUUUGAAUGUCUCUUCAAUCUCCAGAAAAUCUGAAGAUGAUGAGAAACUGAAAAAGAGGAAGGAACGGUUUGGGAUUGUCACAAGUUCAGCUGGAACUGGAACCACAGAGGAUACAGAGACAAAGACGACGAAAAGAGCAGAGCGCUUUGGGAUUGCCUGA